AUGCAAAUCAAGACAACAGACCAAGUCAUGGCCGACCAAGGCAACACGAUCUCUUCGGAUGCCAGCACAAGUACUGGUGCCGUCACCGAGGCUACGAGAGCUCGCCAAACCCGCCCUGCCUCACAACCCUCGAAUCCUUCUGGAACCAGUACCAGUACCAACAAAGUAUCAUUGAGCGCCGGUGGCUCUAGAAAUUCCCCCGACAUGUACGAAGAUGACUCGAUGGACCUAUCCCAGCACGAUCAUGCCUCUCCUUCCGAAAGCGUAAAGUCUACCCCAGCCCAAGGCCCGUUAAAAUCAGAAUCCGAGGACACACCCGGGGACGCAACUGGACAUGCCUCCUCCGAACCCCCGACCCUGCCGGUACAGAAACGUCGCAGAGUCACGAGAGCCUGCGAUGAGUGCCGCAGGAAGAAGAUCAAAAAUCCCGCGCCACAGUAUAUCGAGGCACUCGAAAGCCGACUUCAGCGUGCCGAGUCUCUGCUGCGCAAGUUUGUCCCGGACAUAGACUUGGCCGACCCUAAUCUCGACCCAGCAAUUCAGCAAGAGUUUCGGGCUAGGGAGCAGGCAAGAGCGCGGGCGGCGAAGCUGAAAGGCGAAGCUGCCCCAAAAGAGCCCGAGGUGCAGGAUGCCCAAAUCAUGUCCAUGAUCGAUGCGAUUGGGCAACUCGACAUGAAAGAGGACGGCGAGUGCGACUUCCGCGGCAUCUCUUCCGGUGCUGUCUUCUUCGGACGCAUGAAGGAGCACUUCAAGGGCCUACUAAGCAACGAAUACAGUCUUCCGUUUCUACCCCGAAAGGCUGAGAAGACCGGCCUAUUCAGUCUCAAUUCUCCCCAGACUACUGCUGGAUCGCCUUGGGAAGCAUCAUCUGUACCAAAUGUCUACGACCUACCCCCACAAAAUAGGGUCCGUACUCUGUGCUAUUACGCACUCAGCUGCGCUACAUGCCUUCUCCGGGUUGUGCACAAGCCGACGUUCUACGAAUCGCUCGACAGCUUGUACGAGAAACCCCAAGAUAGUUGGGGAGUCGAAGAACACAGGUUUUUGGGUCUGUUGUAUGCUGUUAUGGCGCUCGGAACCAUGUACAACAUUGACGAGAAUCCGGGAAAUCCUACGACUCAUCAGGCGGCACAGGAGGAAGGGGUCAAAUACUACACAUCUGCGCGAUUGCUGCUGCAAGACAUCGCUGAGUGCCGAGACAUGACCUCGCUCCAGGGGCUUGUCUUCAUGAUUCUCUUCUUACAAGCUUCAUCGAAUAUGAGCGCCUGUUAUGCUUUCUUGGGAAUUGCGUUACGCUCCUGUAUACGUAUGGGGCUUCAUCGUCACUUGCGGCAUGCUAAGCUUACCCCUAUCGAAGAACAAACCAGGCGGAGGGUGUUCCACGUAGUCCGGCAAAUCGAUAUAUACGUCUCAGCUAUUCUUGGAUUCCCAGUCUUACUCCACGCCGACGAUAUCGACCAACCACUGCCGACGGAGGUGGACGACAAGUAUAUAACCAAAGAUGCGAUACUUACGCCGGAUCCGGACGAACGCCCAUCCUUUUUCCAGGCGUUCAAUGCCCAUCAUAGGCUGAUGAGUAUUUUAGCCCGACUUAUCAAGGUCAUUUAUCCAGUCAAGGGCGUGGAAGACUGUGCUCUGAAGAGCGAUAACGAAAUGGCCACCUACACCAUCAGCUAUGCGCGGAUCAAGGAGAUUGAGCGACAACUACACGAGUGGUUCGACCAAUUACCGCGGUAUUGGCGGCCUGGUCCCGACGACGACGAUAUGGAGGUGAUUCGUGUUCGAACCCUCUUGCGCUUCGCAUAUGGCCACGUGCAAAUGAUGCUAUACCGACCGUUCUUGCAUUACGUCUCCGCUCGCAUGACAGCAGGCAAGAAAAUCGACGACAGAUACUACAACUGUGCUGCCGCUGGGAUCAGUGUGUCUCGCAACAUUGUGCAUAUUGGCUUGGAAAUUCAGAAACAUGCCCACCUGAUCGGACCAUACUGGUUUCGUCUCUAUACCGAAUUCUUCGCAAUCCUCUCUCUGGUCUACUACGUCCUGGAGAAUCCAGACAAGACAGGAUCCGCCGAGAUCCUCGCGGAUGCCAAAGCCGGUAGGGAUGUGAUAGCUAAUCUUGCCCAGAGGAGCCUGGCGGCAGAUCGGGUAACAAACGCCUUGAAUACACUCUUCGACCAAUUGCCAGAGCAACUCAAGAACGGCACUCACCGACCUGCACCAACAAAGAAGAGAUCAUACGCUCCUGGAUCCAAGGCGGGCAGUGUCUCCAUCCCUACCCAUGCUCAGGCUAUACUACACGAUACCUUGCCUCAGCGGAGAUCCGAUGAAAUAGUCCGUCCACAAAGCGGCCCCGUUCGAAGAGAGACCCAUCACCGACACCCCCAGCGAACAACCUCAUUCGACACUGUGGCACUUCACCAACCUGGCAUGCCUGGUCACCACUUUGCGACGCAGGCUACGGCUUUUCAAGACCUGCUGCCACUAGACAUGAGCAGCAUGACGGGCUCUGACACAAGCUCCAACCCCGGAGCGCCACCAGUCAUGCACAGACAGCAGCAUCAUCGCCAACAGAGCGGUUUCCAACAAGCACAAACGCCUACAACCGGUGCGCUCUAUAAGCUGGACGCCAUGAUGUUUCCCUCCGGUGACCCAUUCGCCUAUCCCACGCCACUGCUCGACCAAACAGGAGGAGGAGGACACCACGCAGUAUCAGGCCAGCCACCACCACCCAUCUCCGCCGGAUCUGUGGGACCAACCCCCGGGACCGCCGGACCGGAUAACAUGCAGCUAUACAUGUCCGGCUUCUACGACGACGGUAGUAUCGAAGGACAAGUACUGGGCCCAGUAGCGCCCUACCUGAUGCAACACGGCGGACCCGAGCCGCCGCACGCUGGGGUUUUGGAUCCGGCAGCGCAAAUGUCUUACACAACGAUGCUGAACUUGCAAUUACAGCACCAACAACGGCAGCAGCAGCAGCAACACGGGCAAGAUGGAAGACCGGGGUCGGGACCAGGCCGGGGACCGGUGCAUGGCCAGGGACAACAACACCCGGGUAUGCAUCAGCGACAUGCACAUCAACAACAUCAACAUCAGCAUCCGGGGCUUCAUCAUCAGCGACACCAGCAGAGUGAUAUGAUGGAGGGGAUUUUUAGGGGUGAAUGGGAGGACAUGCUUGGGGGUGGAGGGGCGCCGCCGGGGGCUGGAGGGUACCGGUGA